AGUCCCCCUUGGGUUGGUCACGUGUCCUUGGGGAGCGUUUAGAUUUGGCACCACGUUCGGAGAAGGAGGAAGCGCACCGUUGCGCACAUCCGAGUUGGACAGCAACAUCUUAAACACGCGUUAAUGGUCCGGCGGCGAAUCAAGCAGAUCAGUUUUGUUUAGGGGCGUAGUCCUAAUCACUCCACGGUGGUGUGUGAAACAGCACAGCACAGACACAACGUGUGUGUGAUCGAUCUGUCUCUGACUCCUCAAAAACUUCUGCGCUUUCCAACUGUGAUCCGCGGCACAUUGUUGCCCGCCACUGCUACAAGUCGACGUACGGAGCUGUCACGGUGAACCGAGCCCAGCGUUGUCCACAGUGGAGCUGUUCAUCGCUAACUAGGCUGCCUCCAAGCCCACAGGUAAUUCGCCAGCUUUCGUGGGUUUUGAUGUCACCUCUAGAUUGGUUUCACUGAAAAUGGAAACACUGGAGUCUGAGCUGACCUGCCCGAUCUGCCUUGAGUUGUUUGAAGACCCCCUUCUCUUGCCCUGCGCCCACAGCCUGUGUUUUAACUGCGCCCACCGCAUCCUGGUGUCUCACUGCUCCACCAGCAAGCCCCUCGAGUCCAUAUCGGCCUUUCAGUGCCCCACCUGUCGUUACGUCAUCACGCUGAAUCACCGCGGCCUGGAGGGCCUUAAGCGCAAUGUGACGCUGCAGAACAUCAUUGACCGCUUUCAAAAGGCCUCCAUCAGCAGCCCUAAUUCUCCCACUGAGAGCCGGCGCCUGCAGCCGCCGCAGCGUCCCUACACCGCCACCAUUAGCGGGACGAUAGCUGGAACGAUUGGCGGCGGGGGUGGUGGAACGAGUGGAAGCAGCGCCCGCAGCAGCCCGGCCACUUCCAGCCACUCCCACCCGCACGCCAACCACACCAACCACGCUAAUCACGCCAACCACACCAACGCAAACCACAGCCCGGCUGUCGUUGCGAAAAUGGAUCCACGCAUCAGCUGCCAGUUCUGUGAGCAGGAUCCGCCGCGGGAGGCCGUGAAGACGUGUGUCACGUGUGAGGUGUCGUACUGCGACCGCUGCCUUCGCGCAACGCACCCCAACAAGAAGCCGUUCACCAGCCAUCGCCUGGUGGAGCCGGUGCUGGACACACACCUCCGCGGCCUGACCUGCCUGGAGCACGAGAACGAGAAGGUCAACAUGUACUGCUUGGUGGACGACCAGCUCAUUUGUGCCCUCUGCAAGCUGGUGGGGCGCCACCGAGAGCACCAGGUGUCCUCGCUCACCGAGCGCUUCGAUAAGCUCAAGGCUUAUCAGGUGAGCCCGGGCAGAGUGUCAGAUGCGGUAAUGGAGGCUUCAAAGACAAGCGCUGCGCAAACCCUGGAGAACAACCUGACCAACCUGGUGAAGAGGAACAGCGAGCUGGAGAACCAAAUGGCAAAGCUCAUCCAGAUCUGUCAACAGGUUGAGGUGAACACAGCCAUGCAUGAGGCCAAGCUGGUGGAGGAGUGUGAUGAGCUGGUGGAGAUCAUCCGCCAGAGGAAACAGGUCAUUGCCGUGAAGAUCAAAGAAUCCAAGGUGAUGAAACUGCGUAAAUUGGCCCAGCAGAUUGCAAACUGUCGCCAGUGUCUGGAGCGCUCCAGCUCCCUGAUCACACAAGCCGAACAGAGCCUGAAGGAGAACGACCAUGCCCGCUUCCUCCAGACCGCUCGCAAUGUAGCAGAAAGGGUUGCCAUGGCGACGGCCUCCUCCCAGGUACUCAUCCCUGACGUCAACCUGAACGAGGCGUUUGACAACUUUGCCCUGGACUUUUCCCGAGAGAAGAAGAUCCUGGAAGGGCUGGAUUACCUAACAGCUCCCACCCCUCCAUCCAUCAGAGACGAGCUGUGCACCGCCUCUCACGACACCAUCACUGUUCACUGGACGUCCGAGGACGAGUUCAGCGUCACCUCCUACGAGCUGCAGUACACCAUUUACACCGGCCAGACAAAUUUCAUCAGUUUGUACAACUCUGCAGACAGCUGGAUGAUCGUACCUAACAUCAAGCAGAACCACUACACGGUGCACGGCCUGCAGAGUGGCACCCGUUACAUCUUCUUUGUCAAGGCUAUCAACCAGGCAGGAAGCCGCAACAGUGAGCCAGCCCGCCUGAAAACCAACAGUCAACCCUUCAAGUUGGACCCAAAGACUGCCCACAAGAAGCUGCGUCUGUCCAACGACUGUCUGACCAUGGAGAAGGACGAGAGCUCGCUGAAGAAGAGCCACACCCCGGAGCGCUUCAGCAGCACAGGCUCCUAUGGGGCAGCUGGUAAUGUCUUCAUUGACAGCGGGUGCCACUACUGGGAGGUGCUGCUUGGAGCGUCCACAUGGUAUGCCAUCGGCGUAGCUUACAAAUCAGCCCCGAAAAACGAGUGGAGCGGCAAGAACUCAUCCUCAUGGGUGUUCUCGCGCUGCAACAACAACUUUAUGGUGCGCCACGAUGGCAAGGAGAUGCUGGUGGAGGCAAGCCUGCAGCUGAGGCGGCUGGGUGUCCUGCUGGACUACGACAACAAUUCACUGUCCUUCCAUGAUGCCAUGAACUCCCAGCACAUUCACACCUUUGAGGUCUCCUUCCUCCUGCCCGUUGUUCCCAGUUUCAUGAUCUGGAACAAGUCAGUCAUGAUUCUCUCAGGGCUACCCGUCCCCGACUUUGUCGAUGGUUUGGCCUCCGAUCUUCAAGAGCAGCAACAGCAGCAGAUGGGCCUGUGCCGACAAGAGUCACCAUACUUGACUGGGCUGAAGAGCUGCCACUGAGAAAAGCCCAUGAAUGGCCGAGCAGAGAGUCCACUCAGGCCUAGGGACAUUGACAGUGUUCUGCUGUAUCCUCUGCAUUAAGAGAGGACCAGUUACUUUCUUAUGAGUUUAGAAAGUGUUGGAGAUAUGCACACCAGUCUGGAAAAAUGUCAGUCCUGUUAGUUUGUGGCUAUCCAAAGCUUUGCAAAUCCAUCAGUGAAUAGGAACAAGGUCUCUUGACUACAAAUGUCAGUAGAACUACAAUUCACAAGAUGCCCUGGAAUAGGUGAGGGCAGGGAUGGACAUCUGGGUUUAUGACCAUUUAAGGUCUCCCUUUUUGAUCUAUCUUCCUCCCGAUGCGACCCUAGGCAGAUGAUCAAGGAGGGACGGUUCACAUCAGCCAUUUAGAGUUUAAAGUUACAACAUGUGAAUAGUGAAAUAAUGUCUCCUAUGCAUUCAAUUACAAAAAAGGAUGCUCAACAAUGCAGAGGUAAACAAAUCUAGUGAUUCUUCCUCUGACUACAGAUAUUAAAUCUUUAUUCCAAAAUUUCAAUUUUUGUUUCUUAACAAGGCGAUGUGACAUGUCAUGUGAACUAAAUUUGACAAACAGAUAUAUUUAAUUUUAAACAAAUGAGUGGCUUUAGGAGUCGUUUGAAGUUUUCUUGCUCAAGAGUUAGAUCUAAAAGAUCACAACCACUCAUCUGUGUAUACUAAAUAUGAGGCUAGACCUAGCAGUUUUCUUAGUUUAGCGUAGCAUAAAGGCUGUUCCUGUCUAGUAAUUCCAGCACAUAGCUUUGUGUAAAACUACAGUGAAAAGUUUACAAAAGUUAAAAAAACGUCAUAGAACAUAUUCAUUCCCAAGCCUUGCACGUGCUGCAGUACGGGGGUUUUUGCCUUUGGACAGAGCUAAGCUACAUGUUAUUCCAUCUUUGUUCUAGGCUAAGCUAACAGCUCGUUGGCCUUAGCUUCAUAUUUAGCAUAAUGAAACAUGAGUGGUAUUAUCUAACUUUCAACAAGAAAGCUUACAAGCAUUUUUCUGAAACAUUUCUUCCUUUAGAUGUUGAUGUGCCUUUUUGAGUCAGCUUUAUUGUGUGAAGUACAUGCUACCAUCAUGCUAACACAACUACAAGCUAGCAGGGCACGUUUUGAGAUGCACCGCAUCACUGUUUAUGUGUUGUACCCUUAGUAGCUUUAAGUGGUCAUUGCUUAAGUCUUUUCCUUGAUCUUCCUCCUAUAUUUGACACCGCAGUCUGGUUUGUGUUGCCGGCUGUAGCUUCCUAAGUUUCAGGAAGUAUUAACUUUGUUCCCAGAUAUUGAUAUGAUCGUAGGGGGCAGAUUUGCAUCAUGUGACUACUCAUCUUGUAAAAUAAGAGGUUUAUUGAAUAUUAGAGGAAAAAAGUGUUAUUUAUGAAAAAAAUAUGGUUUACUUUAUAAUUAAUCUCAACAUAUUAAUGAUGCACUUUUUCAUUGACACUAUUUCCCCUCUAUGAGUGUUAAAGUAGAUGGAGCUGCGUGACAGGGAUGUAAUGGGGAGGGAAAGAAACAACUUUCACAUCUGCUGGUUGUGUUCACUCUGAAAAAAUCAACAUCAUCCAUUUUUUUCAUUUAAUAUCAUAUUUAAAAAAUAUAUAUAUUUAUGAUCAAGAGUUAUUGAUGGUUAUUGAAUAUUACCCAUAAAUAAGUGUAUUCUAAUAAAGCACUUUUCAAAAUAUUAUAUUAACCUUGAUGUCCUUAAACAGAAGCCCCUUAAAUGUUUUUUCACUGUGCUUUGAACACUUUAAACACAACCCGUGACUUUCCCUCCCCAUGGCUCUUUUGGAUAGCAUAUACUAACUUUAUCUUGUUUAGAAAAGGGAUAUGAUUAUGGUGAUGUUUAUGCUUUUUUAUCAUGAUGAAAUGAUAAACUAAUAACUGUUCAAAAAAAAAACUUCACUUUGUUUUUGACUAUUCAGGGAAGGAUGGGGUUAACACUUAACUUGCUGUCUGUCGCAAUGUCAUGGCAUGAUUGUGUUUUCCUCUGUGAUUUGUUAACACACACACACGCACAUACACACACAAACCUACACAUCAUGUUUCGUUUAGGUUGGCUUUAUUGUGAUAAAUGCAUGAAACAUUGUAGGAUCCUACACCGCUUCACUGGGUAACUUAAGGAGCUUAAAGUCCACUAAAUCUUGUUUUUCAUCAGUCAUGACUUGUCGCUUACAAUAGACUUGACCUCUUUUGGUUAUUGUUCACUUUUCAGAUAGCAGCUGAAGUUGGAACUUACUUUUUAUUUGGAUUCAAAGGCACAGUGUGGUUUCUUUCUGGCUUGGCAUUCAGGUAGUGUCUUUGAUUCAGACAAUCAAAUGUGUACCACAGUUAAUGCAGAUGUAAGUGAUUGUGUAGCAUGAAACAGGAUUGAGACAAUUGAGGUUGGGUUGACAAAAAGCAGGUGUUUUACAUAUUGUACCAGCGUCUCAAAGAUUUGACACCUACUGGCCAUUUCCACUCUGUUAUGCAUCACUACAUACAUGCUGUCUAAAGUAAUGUAACAUUUGUGUUGACAGAAUAUGAUUUGCUCGACUUGAAAAAACAGGCAAACACUGAUUUCAAUCAUAUGCUAGUUACCAUAUGAUACGUUCAAGCAAAAGACCAAGUGAUGUAAAACUCAAAGCAAUAGAAAAGUAGUGAAAAUCUGACAUGUCAUAGCCGCCAGUGCAGCUUUUAUUCUGCAGUGGUCAUUUAAGGUUACUGUGUGAUGGAGGUAUUGAUGUUAUAAGAUGCUACAGGCAACAGAGAUAAUCCACUGGUCAAAGGCAGGAAGAGCUCCAGUAUGAAAAGAGAGUUCUUUUUUUCUGUCAAGGAGAUUAGUAGAUGUUACCUGACUUCCAAAUAUCCACCCAUUGUGUUGAAUAAUGUCGGUCACAGACUCGAAGCGGCCAAAUGCUGAUUUGUGAUCCAGACAAGCUCAACUCAUCUGUGCAAGCGUGUUUGGCUGGGUCACUGCAUGAUUAUGUGACCUUGCUGCUGGUUCAUCAAUCUUUCCUUAUCUUCAUGAUGGGGUUUCUUAUCUUGCGUACAGCAUACGUUAAAAAAUAAACCAUAACAAGAACACUCAAAAACGAAAUGUUCAUUACCAUGCAUAUCAGAUAUUUUGCAGUGCUCUUUCUUUCUUUGUGUCACAAGUCAAUACAGUAAAAUAUAUAUACGGUGAAUGAUUUUCAAUAGCUACCCACUCCUUGUAGUGCAGUGUAAUACCCUAGAGACAAUACAAUAGAUUCUCCUUUUUGCUUUUUGUCUGUGUAACUUGGGAAAUUAUUUUUUACAACUCAUGAGAAACACGCUCCUCUCCUUUUGGCCCUUGGACCUUGAUAAACAGCACAAAAAGAGCAGCGUUGCAUUUAAGCAAAGCUGUCUGUUUCCGUAGAUAUGAGAGAUACUUUUAGCCAGAGAGGAAUGUAAAUCAUAGGGGGAAAUAUAUAUUAUAUAAAGUUGUAUAAUAUACAAAAUAUAUAUGAACCAAUGUUAUUUAUGUGAAUUUAAGUCCAAUUAAAAGUCUGA